UUCUUCUGUCAGUAUUGAGGUUGGUGAGGACCCUCAGGUUCGCUCAGCUGCCACUCUGGUGAAGAACAUCUCAUACAAAUACAGAGAGGAGCUGUCAGCACAUCUGAUUGUUGCCGGCUGGGACAGAAGAAAUGGAGGGCAGGUGUUUGCAACUAUGAAAGGGCUCCUGACACGUCAACCGUUUGCAGUCGGCGGCUCCGGCAGCUCGUAUGUUUACGGGUUUGUUGAUGCUGAGUAUCGCAGAGGCAUGAACAAGCAGGAGUGCCAGCAGUUUGUUGUCAACACUCUCUCUCUGGCAAUGAACCGUGAUGGCUCCAGCGGCGGCGUGGCUUACAUCGUCACCAUCGAUGAACACGGCACAGAGGAGAAAGUGAUUCUAGGAAAUCAGUUACCCACCUUCUUUGACCAAUAACACAUUAGUUGUCUUAACAGAAGCUGUGGCUCACAGUUUUGGCACAACUGUCAAUUAACUCACCCUGUGAUGAAACCAUUAAGGAGCGGUAUACCUUUAAUAAUAAGUUGCUGCAUAUCUCACUAAUAUCCAAAGGUAUUUCAAGUUUAUAUCAACAAACCUUUAUGUUAAUAAAACCCUGUCUUUACAGUUGAUUACAUUUUUGUUUCAUCAAAUGAAAUAAAAUUGAAAAAUAAGUUUUGCUUUA